CUAGUAAUUAUUUUACCUAAAUGGACAUCAAUGUAUUGAUGGCAAUUAAAUAUAUCCGUAAAAAAAUUUCUAAUAUGUCCAUAUGAAGCCUUAUAUGGUCAUACAUGCCCACAUACAAUUUUUCGACUGAAUGUAGUGUUAAAAAUCUCCAACAGAAAGCGCACGGGUAUUUUAAAUACAAUAUUAUAAGCUGUAAUUGCUUAAUUAAUAAGGGCAUGUAUACUGACCACUCUACAUAAAUAUAUAUUCAGAGUACUGAACUGACAAGAGGCGUCGACACACCAAACAAGAACGUCAUGUCUAACGCAAUUGAACGUGAGUUACGCCUGAAUCACAAGACAAUGAAACAAGAAUUUCGUGAAUCGAUAAAGUCAAUCGUGUGAACAAGAGAUAAGGACGUAAAAAGGUAAAAAAUCUUAAAAAUAAAAAAUAUAAGAAUUCAGGAGCUUAACGAGAAAACGCUAGUAUCCAACGAAAAGAGAAAUGACGGAUGAUGUCGAGAAGAAAAAGAGUAAAAGUGAUGAAAGAAGUGUUACAUAGUACAGAGAAAAAUAUCAAGAGUUUUGGAGCGAUUUUAGUACAACGUCGUCGUGGGAAACCUGUAUACAUGGCGUCAAGGCAGCGUGAAAAAAACUGAGAAAGAGAAAAAAAUGUGGAUUCUGUCAGAGGGUAAAGCAGCGUUUGGAGUUGUGAAAAUCGAUCAAAGAGGAAGCGUUCAUUCAUUAAGAGCAUCAAGACUUCGUCAAGCCAAUUAGAGUGACAAGGUGAGAAACUUCAAGUAAGAAAGACAUUAAAGAAGAGCACUAGGGAUACUUGAGGGAGGAAGAAUCCUUAUCAAGAACCUUGCAGUACGUUUUUAGAGCUAUGGCUGCUGGUUCAGCUGUAGCCAUGAUAGGGGCUAAUUUGCGGUUCGGUAUCGGUGCAUCUGGUAAUGUAACAUCCAAUGCGACAAAAGUAUUCCAGUGUCAUCCCGGAGGAGUGACCGAAGCAACUGUAAUAUUCAGUCUCGGAGCACUCGGAAUGGGCGCCAAUAUAAUACUUAUGGCUCUGAUACUUGCCAAGCGUCAGCUUAGGAGGUGGUCACAGGGAUUAUUAUUCCAUCAAGCAAUGGUGGAUUGUGCUAGAGCGGCAAUAUUAUUGCCACUUGGAUCAAGUAUUUUGAAUUGUCAGCCUGUCAACAAGUGUUCAUUAGUUGAAACAGCAUUUUUAUUGCUCGUCACUGUUUCAACAGUCAACAUGCUUACGACUGUUCUCAAUGACAGUCCGGUUUUUCCGGAAAGCGACGAAGAAGCUGAUUUAACAGCUCCGCUUCUCAUGGAUUCUCCGCAGUGUGUACUUUUUGGUACUUUUAUGAUAUGGUUUGCCAGUAUCACAAUAAACCUCGGUCCAACUUUUCUGAGUGGUGCACUUGCUGCUAACACGGAAACUAGUCAUAAUGCACCGAGCUGCCCACUGGUACACGGCCCAUUCCGACAUUAUAUUUUAAAUGUUCUCUGGAUUGCUAUAAAUAUUAUAUGCGUCGCACUAACAUUAUUUCAUCUGAGAAAAUUGCACAGAGAUCUGACAAAAGCCAAUGUUGAAGCCGUUCGGGUCGCCGGUCUUGUCACGACACUCGUCAAUGUCACAGGCGGUCACGGUGGAACGAACGGAGUCGCAGACGGCGGAACCGCAGAUCAGAGAAAUGGCACAACUCCAAAGAGAGGCGGUGCAUUAGAGGAGCAUCGGAAAAUGAGAAAUUAUCUAAGGCGAAUGGAACGUGAAGGAGUUCAAAGAGUCAAAAUGUUCUUAGUCAUAACAGCAGCAUACGUUAUUUUUUGGGGUCCUUUAUUUUUUGUAACUCUAGUACAUCACCCGGUGAUUGGAAACACAACUGGAUAUGAAGUCACGCUACACAUUGCCUACAUUCAUGCUUUUGUCAACCCCGCUUUGUUUCUAACUCUUCACCGAGGACUUCGCCAGGGUAUUUCGGACGUAUGCUGCGGUUGCUGUGAAAGUUUUGCACGAUGGAUUUUAGGAUCGGCAAUGAACACACCAAUACAAUCAGUACAACCACCAAGGUAUGAAGCACCAUUGAGUGUUCCAUCAACCCUGAAUCCACCACCACCCCCGCCACCACCGAUAUCAGCUACUACUGCUGCAUCUUUGGAUUUGAGCGAUGUUGCUCUUUUGAAACCUCCAUUGCCUCCAGCAGCUAAAUAUCUUCCGCAAGAUGAGCCAAUUACGAUAUCACCUGACCCAUGGAGUGUUGUAAUACCUCGACCCAAAAGCAUUGUGAGCUUAUAUGAAGAAAAAUUAUCUAGAAGACCCAGCUUGGUGCUUCCAGUUAUGAACGACAUGACAACGGCAAUUAGUCCGACAAGUAGUGAUUUACCGAGUGAUUAAUAUUACUACAUAGAUUAGACACUAAAUUAAUAAAUUAUAAAAUUACAAAAAAAAAUAAAUGUAACAGUAUUCCUGAUAAAUUUUCGAAAUUAGUUGUCAUCGAUGCAGAAUAUUUUUUUACAA